AUGUUCUCAGAGUUGAAGUUCCCUGUGCCCUGGGGUCAUGUGGCAGCCAAGGCCUGGGGACCCUCUGAAGGAUACCCUGUGCUGUGCUUGCACGGCUGGCUGGACAACGCCAACACCUUUGACAAGCUCAUUCCACUGCUCCCCAAAGGUUGCUAUUACGUGGCAAUGGAUUUUUCUGGCCAUGGCUUGUCAUCCCACCGGCCUGCAGGCUCCCCCUACCAUUUUCUGGAUUACGUGAGCGAUGUGCGCCGGGUGACAGCAGCCUUGCAGUGGAGACGGUUCACCCUGAUGGGUCACAGUAUGGGUGGGUCUGUGGCAGGAAUGUUCUGUUUCCUUUAUCCUGAGCUGGUGGACAAGCUGAUCCUGCUGGAAAGUCUUGGCUUUCUGCUAGCUCCAGAGGACACUGAGGUGUGGCUGAAAUCAGAACGGAUGGCGAUUGACACCUUACUGAGCCUAGAGGCAAAGCAGCAAACUCCCAAAGCACGGAGCCGUGAAGCAGCAUUGCAGAGGCUCUUAGAAGCAAACAGACAUCUGACAGCAGAGGGUGGGGCAAUCCUACUGCAGCGAGGAGCAACUGAGACACCCGCUGGGCUGGUGUAUAACAGAGACAUGAGAGUCCAUACGCAGAGUCGAGAGUCCUUCACGGUGGAGCAGUGUGUGAAGAUCCUGCGGAAGGUCCAGGACCGUAUUCUCAUCAUUUUAGCACAAGAUGGACUCUUAGUACUGGAGAAGAUAGACAGCUACAAUCACUUUAUGAAACUCCUACGGCAGGAGUUGGAGUCUACCCUCAAAGAGCAGAUCCAGCUAGUAGAGGUGCCUGGGAGUCAUUUUGUGCACCUGAACGAGCCCGAGGUGGUGUCUGGGAUCAUCGGCAACUUCCUGACGGCACAGAACACCAGAGCCCGGCUCUAG